AUGCAGGACCGCUGCUACAGCAUCAUUGGCUGCAGUCCCUCCUUGGAGAACGAGGUCGCGUUGCGCUCCGCGCACGUGACAGCCUGUACGGUGCACGCGUCUCGAGGCGGCUACGGCCUAAAGUACGAACUGGAAAUGACCACAGUGGACGGCGACAUCAUCCGCGCCUGGCUCGGCUACGACACUCUGCGCGCCCUUGCUGCGUCGCUGCGCAGUGCGACGUCGCCCGACCUGCCACGCCACAUUGUCGGCGGGUCCCCGGACCGUGCGAUCGUGGGCACUACCGCGUGGUCGUUUGGCUUUGACGCUGAGGGAUAG